CGCUUCAAUUCUCCCCUCUUCAAUGACUGAGAGGCCUCCUUAGCCACCGUAACAUGCAGAACCCUUGGGUUCGACGCUGCUCAACGUCUGAGCCAACCACUGUCUUCGGAAGAGCGGCCAGGGGGAGGGGACCACUUAGCGAGAUGCCAAAACACGACUCGAGACGAAUCUGUCACAGCUCCCGCCCGCCUCCUGGUGCAGCCUCCCCGCCUCUACCACCUCUUGGUGCUUGCUCUCUCUCUCCGGCCAACCUGUUGCCCGAACUGCUGCCUCCUCGACGAGCCACCCGCUACCGCUGGCCGAGAGACUUCAACCUUUGUCAGUGCCAAAGAGAGAGAGAGAGAGAGAGAGAGAGAGAGGAAACAAGGCCAUUCCAAGCAUCAGUCUUGCCCUGUGGCACACUAAGCUCCUCAUGCAUCAUCGACCUUGCUACACUGCAACCGCGUUGCCUUCGUGCUUGCUUACUGCGCCCAGCCUUGGACCAGUACCUUAGUCCAUCAUUCAUCCCUUCGCCAAACCCCCACCCCUGCCUCAUGUUCCUCCCGACCCUGACCCCUGCACACCCCUACCACCCUACAUCCACAUCUCGUCUUGGCUUUUUCUUUCUUUAUUUGCCCCAGCCUUGGGAUGGCAAUACCACCAUCGGCCUGUGCUUCGCGUGCUUAAUCGGACGCUGCGUCCCCGAGCGACGAACCUCACCCCCUUCUCGACUCCAUCUCCCACUCACCACCCCGUAGAACCUUCUUAUAGAAUAGUCUAUCGUCCAGGAUCCCAAGGGGGUGCUGCUUGGCUGUGCUUGGCCGGGUCAGGCCGGGAUGCAAAGUGCCCUCCAGACCCUCCUCUCGUCCAAGGACGGGCUGGCGGAAGAUUUUCCUCGUCCUGUUUCGU